AGUUCAUCAUUGCCACCAAACAAGACACGUUGUUUAUUUGUUCAACUUCAACUCAAUCCUCCUCGUCCCUUGUCUUCUGUUUUGUCUUGUCUUUACCACUUCACCACUACACUCACUUUCAGUUCUCUCUCUCUUUUGCUUCUUCAUAAUCAGGUUCAUCGAUUAAGGGAUUCCUUUUAUUCGAUCUCAGGCCUACAUUUGUAUUAUUGGGUGGAAACAGUCAAUCUGUUGGUUUGGAAUUAAAUUUGAACAAUGAUUCUUUCUGCUCUUUUAACUUCUGUUGCAAUUAAUCUUGGUCUCUGUCUUCUAUUUUUCACACUAUACUCUAUAUUGAGAAAACAGCCUGGUAAUAUAAAUGUAUAUGUACCACGCUUCGUUGCUGAAGGAAAGGUUAAAGAAGGUGGUCAAUUUAACUUGGAACGCCUGUUACCUACUGCUGGUUGGGUGAGAAAGGCAUGGGAGCCAACAGAAGACGAAUUUUUAUCGACUUCAGGCUUAGAUGCCUUUGUUUUCAUGCGCAUGUUUGUCUUUAGCUUGAAAGUAUUUACUUUUGGUGCAAUUAUCGGAAUCGUUCUUAUUCCAAUUAAUUAUAUGGGGAGUCAGCUCACUGACGACUCCGAUUUUCAACACAAGUCUUUGGACUCGUUCAGUAUUUCUAAUGUUAACAACGGUUCAAACAGGUUAUGGAUCCAUUUUUCUGCUGCAUAUGUUUUCACUGGAGUUGUUUGCUAUCUUCUUUAUUAUGAGUAUCGAUACAUUUCGUCCAAACGAAUAGCUUGCUUUUAUUCUUCUGAGCCACAACCUCAUCACUUUACCGUGUUGGUCCGUGGUAUUCCUAUUCCACCUGGAAGCACAUGUACCGAUGCUGUCCAGCGUUUUUUCUCUGAGUAUCACCCUUCCACGUAUCUUUCACAUUCAGUCGUUCGUCGAAGCAGCAAACUUCACAAUCUUAUUACUGAUGCAGAUAAAUUGUACAAAAAGCUUACCAAUCUUAAACAAAAAAAUGAUGCUCCUAAAAGGCAGACGCGUGAAGGUUGUUGUGGACUCUUUGGGCCUAAAGUUGAUACUGUAGAUCACUAUGAAAGGAGACUUGGGAAUAUAGAAGAUAAUGUGAGAAUGGAACAGUCCUCAUUGGCAUCAAAGGAAGUUCCUGCUGCAUUCGUUUCAUUUAAAACUCGAUUUGGUGCUGCAAUAGCUUUACACAUUCAAGAAGGUGUCAAUCCAACAGAAUGGAUUACCGAGGAAGCUCCCGAACCUCAUGAUGUUUAUUGGCCUUUCUUUACCGUUUCAUUCCUUAAAAGAUGGAUCAGCAAGCUGGUAGUUUAUGUUGCAUAUACUACUCUCACAGUUCUGUUUUUAAUCCCGGUUGCAAUAGUACAAGGUCUUACUCAUCUUGAACAGUUGGAAACGUUCUUCCCGUUUUUGAAAGGCGUACUGAGACUGUCAGUUGUGAGCCAAGUUAUAACAGGAUACCUUCCAAGUUUGAUUCUUCAGUUGUUUCUAUCAUAUGUUCCACCUACUAUGAUUAUGCUUUCAUCUUUGCAAGGAUACAUUUCAUGGAGUCAGAUACAAAAAAGUGCAUGCACUAAAGUGUUACUGUUUACCAUAUGGAACAUUUUCUUUGCAAAUGUACUAUCAGGGUCUGCUCUUUAUCGAGUGAACAUCUUUCUUGAGCCGAAAAACAUCCCAAGAGUAUUAGCCGAAGCUGUACCCUCACAGGCAUCGUUCUUCAUUGCAUAUGUUGUGACAUCUGGAUGGACCACAAUAGCAUCAGAGCUCUUUCGAUUAUCUACACUUAUUUCCAAUUUUUUAAGUAGAACUUUUUGUAAAAACGGCGAUGAUGAUUUUGAGCCCCCGUCAAUUCCUUACCACAGCGAAAUUCCCAGGAUUCGUCUCUUCGGUCUUCUUGGUGUGACAUACUUCUUUCUUGCUCCACUCAUACUUCCAUUUCUCUUGAUUUACUUUUGUUUGGGAUACAUCAUUUUCCGCAACCAGUUUUUGAAAGUUUAUGUGCCAAAGUUUGAGACUGGAGGAGAGUUUUGGCCUACAGUGCAUAACUCCACGAUAUUUUCAUUGAUACUAAUGCAUGUAAUAGCCAUUGGGAUUUUUGGUUUGAAGAAACUUCCUCUAGCAUCAGCAUUGACUCUUCCUCUUCCAAUUCUCACACUUCUUUUCAACGAGUAUUGCCAGAAACGGUUCCGACCUAUAUUCAAGAAUUUUCCAGCUGAGUGUUUGAUUAAGAAGGACAGAGCAGACGAAAUCGAGCAUAAUAUGUCUGAAUUUUAUGAUAAAAUGGAAAAUGCAUAUAAUGAUCCAGCUCUAAUGCCAGUCCAAUAUUCAGAAAGGUUUGAUAGUCAAAGAUCACCACUUCUUCAUAGUUCUCAAUUUUAAUUCAUAUUAUGAGGCUGGUUGCUACUAUGAAAAUCAGCAUACCCUCAGUUUGAUUUCCCGAUUUCCUGUAAAAUUUAUUUGAUUGUUCGUGGCAAUGUGUUGUAAAUUGUUUGGCCGAGAAUUUAUGCUUUAAUGAGUAUGGAAUGGAAGCUUAGCAAAGGUAUAACCUUCUCUUUUGCUAUUCAUAGUGAAAAGAAAGAUAAGAACAGAUUAAGUCCCAAGUAGAUAGUUUGGUUAGCGAAAUAAGGGACACCGAAGGAAUUUUUUGUAAGAGGUCUAGGGUUUGAACCCUAAAAAAUAUAACCAUUAUUUACUAAUAACAUUUGUUUAUUGAAAAGUGAUUGAUAACAUUUGUAAUGAGAAGAUAUAGUAGAGUACAUACA